AUGCCGAGUGAUAAGACUAUUGGAGGUGAAGAUGAUUCAUUUAAUACAUUCUUCAGUGAAACUGAUUCAGGAAAACAUGUUCCAAGAGCAAUAUUUGUAGAUUUAGAACCCACUGUAGUAGAUGAGGUUCGGACUGGUACUUAUGGUCAACUUUUUCAUCCUGAGCAAUUGAUCACUGGUAAAGAAGAUGCUGCAAACAAUUAUGCACGUGGUCAUUACACAAUUGGGAAAGAGAUUGUUGAUUUGGUGUUAGAUAGGAUUCGUAAACUUGCUGAUCAGUGUACCGGUCUUCAAGGGUUUCUGAUAUUUCAUUCAUUUGGUGGAGGCACCGGUUCAGGUUUCACAUCUUUGUUGAUGGAACGACUGAGUGUUGAAUAUGGGAAGAAAUCAAAGCUCGAAUUUUCUAUUUACCCUGCUCCACAGAUUGCAACUGCUGUUGUUGAACCUUACAAUUCUAUCUUAACAACGCAUACAACUUUAGAACAUUCGGAUUGUGCAUUUAUGGUUGAUAAUGAAGCAAUAUAUGACAUAUGUCGUCGUAAUUUAGGCAUUGGACGUCCAACUUAUACGAACUUAAAUCGCUUAAUUGGUCAAAUAGUGAGUUCUAUUACAGCUUCUCUGCGUUUUGAUGGAGCUUUGAAUGUUGAUCUCACUGAAUUUCAAACGAAUUUGGUCCCUUAUCCACGUAUUCACUUCCCAUUGGCAACAUAUUCACCUGUGAUUUCAGCUGAAAAAGCAUUUCAUGAACAGUUAAGUGUUGCUGAGAUUACUAAUGCCUGCUUUGAGCCAGCAAAUCAAAUGGUCAAAUGUGAUCCUCGUCAUGGUAAAUACAUGUCCUGCUGCAUGUUGUACCGUGGUGAUGUUGUCCCAAAGGAUGUGAAUGCAGCUAUUGCCACUAUUAAGACGAAACGGACAAUCCAAUUUGUUGAUUGGUGCCCUACUGGCUUUAAAGUUGGGAUCAACUACCAACCUCCUACAGUGGUUCCAGGUGGUGAUUUAGCAAAGGUACAACGUGCUGUUUGUAUGCUGAGUAAUACAACAGCGAUCGCAGAAGCUUGGGCACGUUUAGAUCACAAAUUUGACUUGAUGUAUGCAAAACGUGCAUUUGUCCAUUGGUAUGUCGGUGAAGGGAUGGAGGAAGGUGAGUUUAGUGAGGCUCGUGAAGAUCUUGCAGCUUUAGAGAAGGAUUAUGAAGAAGUUGGGGUUGAUAGUGCUGAGGGUGAGGGUGAUGGAGAAGAAUACUGA